UACCCACAUUUUUCUCGUCGACAGCCGCAACCUCUGCACAUCAGUACAUGUCAUCGAAACCAACCCCCGACAUCCCCGAUGAACGAUCGGAAUUUUUACCGGUCGCCGACGACAGGUCGGAAACGAACCGGCGUUACCUGACGAGCCUCUUGUUUACCUCAAGCAGAAGCGUACCAAGCCAAGGAUCAAUAUAACUCGAAUAUGGCCGCCGUCUCCGAAUGAACGGAGCGAAUCGGUUGUCUGCUGGCUAAGGUCAUGGUGAUGUCAGGGCGGUCGAUGCUUUAGGGGCGGUGGCAUUCUCCGGCCUCACGCGCCGCCUGCCAUUCAUAAGCGGUCCGCCCAUGCAAAGACACCGCAGCAACAAUAGCUAACCUACAAAUCUGCGGCUUUCUAUUGCCUAAUACAUGAAUGCGAGAUGGGUUGAGGCGGCCCUUGCAACUUCCAGAUAAAGUUUAGUCUCCGUUAAGCUCCUGCCCUCGUUUCACUCGUGCCAGUGUGACUGCCAAUCACACCAAGAUGUGCAACCUGAUUUAUCCUUUGGACGGAAAGAUGCCUUUGUCCAUAUUGGUUUUAGUUUAAAAAGAAAAUCGGCGGAAAAAAAACGAAUAGCUAAAAGAAGGGGGGUUGUGGGGUGGUGUAAGUGGUUUGGAGUGGGGUUAGUGUAGGAAUAGCGAUCGUGGAGUAGGAAUCGUCAUUCAGAGGCCACAACUGUGCAAGAGAGAAGCCAGUCGCUAACCUUUGAUCUGGAAAUGUGACAAAUAUCUGAGAAAGCGAAAGUACCGUGACCAGUGUCCAUCACUCGAGUAAGUUCUGGACCUCCCCUGAUCGGGUGUCCAUCCAUCGGACUUCUGGGCCACCAGGAUGGUGGUAGCUGGAGUGAUGAGCAGGCCAACCAAACGCCCUGUGUCCUCAGUGACUGGAGCGCCUCAGGGCGGACACAUCUUAUGUCGCGUGUGUGGAGACAAGGCCUCGGGUUUCCACUAUGGCGUCUUCUCAUGUGAAGGUUGCAAGGGCUUCUUCCGGCGCACCAUUCGCCAGAAGAUCACGUACAAGCCGUGCGAGAACCCCAAGGGCUGCCUCAUCAUGCGCAUCAGCAGGAACCGAUGCCAGUACUGCCGCCUGCAGAAGUGCGUCACCGUGGGCAUGUCACACGAAGCCGUGCGUCUGGGCCGCUGCCCGAAGAAGGACCGGCCAAGCAGCAACAGCUUCUUCGUGCUGCCGCAGAGCGCUAGUGGCGCCGUGGACAUCGACAAGCAGGUCAAGACGGAGCAGAUGGUGCUGGCCAUCCACGACGCCUUCAAAGCCGCUGUGCUUGACUACGAUGCCAUCGCCAAGCAACUGUCCCCAGAGGAGCCCACCGACAUCCUGAGCUUGGAAAAGUCCAAGAGCAUCUACACCCGCUACAUCCCAACCAUCGUGCGCUGCAUCAGCACCUUCGCCAAGGAGAUCCCGCAAUUCCUGGACCUGGCGCAGGAGGACCAGCGCGUGCUGAUCAAAAGCUGCAUCCUAGAGGCGGCCGUCAUCCACGACUGCACGCACGUGCACCUGAGCGGCCAGCACUGGCUGGACGACAAGCUCAAGUUCCGCCUGCAUUGCGACGGUCCUUCCCGCCUGGGCCUCAUCGGGGAAGUGUUCGCGCACUUCCACCAGCUGGUGCUGAAGCUGCGGAAGCUGGAUCUCACCGACGUGGAGGUCUCACUGCUUUGCGCCCUCGUCCUCUUCUGUCCAGAUCGCGAGGGCCUACGAACGACCCGUCUGCUUGAGAACCUGGAGGCGGACAUCGCUAUGGCGCUUAAGUGUCAGCUGCUGCUGAACCACGGUGAUGGAUCACUGCUCUUUGCCCGCAUUGUGGAGGCCGUAGUGGACCUGCGUACCGUCAGCACCAAGUACCUGGACCAGAUCCUCAACGCGCGCGUGGAGAACACCUCCGACUUCAACUACUGUCCGUCUUCCACUCCCCCGCUCAAGACCGAAGCUCUUUCGCCCGCACCAACACCGGCUGACAGCUCCUCCUCUUCGUCUUCAUUUUCAUCAUCGUCAUCAUCGGCCACGUCGUCAUCGACUAGCGACCUCGGCGGGCUGCGGCGGAGUGACGAGGUCGGCGAAGACGUGGACAUGUCACCCCCGCAGUCGUCGCUGGAGAACACAGAGAAAAGCCCCAUAGAUGGGAAGGAUAUGAAGGCGGAGGUACCCUUGUCGGGGCCUGUUGUGCUGAAAGCUGGUAAAGAACAUUCACCGAUUCCUUCUCCUCCACCAGAGAGUCAUCAAGGGAAAAAAAGCUGCGGUCGAAGCCAGAAAAAACUCGACAACUCGUCAAGCAUCUUCCAGACCCUCCUCCUCUGAUCCUUCCGGGGCUGGAGGACAAGCUGCUUGCCAGGAGGGGCCGGGGCCGUUGCGUAGAGACCACACCACCCCUUCUCCCGUCCGGUCCCCCUCCUCUCCUGUUACCCUGCCAAUCCUUCGCGCACUACAAGUAUCGCAGGCAGAACUGUACAGCCAAGACUUCCUUCUUCGGGCAGUCAGCCAGCUUCCUGCAAGAGCUAGACCGCAGGUCGGCGUCCAGCCUUGGUUCCCACAGCGAAGCCAUGCACUUCUGGAAGGGUGACAUGAACGCUAGCGUGCAUACGCACAGACCGACGCCGGGCUCGCUGGGGAUGCAUGGCGCUCAUGUUGCCCACAUGGGGAGCCACUCACCCGCUCGUUCGAGUGGAGGUCAAGGAGGAGGUAACCGAGGCAGACGUCCCCUGCGUGCGGUGUUGACGACAUCUAUCCCCCUUCCCAAUUCAUAGCCACUCUUGCUGUGCUUUCUCCUCCACACAGCUGCUGGAGAGGGCGGACGCGUGAACUAAACGAAUAGGCAGUGCAGUAUUUUUCCAGAAAGACAUUUUGAAUGUGGGUCGAGCUUUCGAAGGGAGACUAAUCACGGCAGACGUUUCCAGGCUGCAACAAUAUUUAUGUGUGGUUCAGGAGGAGGGAACUCAUAUUAUAUCAUCAUGCGAAGGUUGUGAUAAUACUUUGUUGUGUCAGUUGUAUCAGCUUAAACGGCGCUCGAUAAGAUUGUAGGGAAAAUAGCUGAUGCCACAGUUUCAUUGUUUAAAUUUAAAACAUGUACAUUGAUGGGGUUGGUAUCUAUAAGUGCGUGUGUGAAUGUGUGUGCAUGUUCGGAGGGAGGAUGGACGCGUGGGGGUAAUUUAGGGAAAAUCGUAGGACCAGAUCUGUCGACUGUAGACGAUGCCCUGUGAGCUCACAUCCCACCCAAGGGACGCAAUCCUAAAUGCGACAGGGUGCAAGGGAAGCAAGCGUGAUAAAAUUUUUGAAAAAUUUCCCUCGAUGUGUGCUAGAGGAUUUCGUUGAUGUUUUCAAAAUGUGCAUCCGUAUUUCCGGAGAUGUUUUAACAGCCUGCUUGUUUAAUGUUGAUUUUCCGUGGAAGGUGCCGUCUAGUAUGAUUUUUUCCCCACCCUACCCCCAUGUCCUCACCACACAACUAACAUUUCUCCCCGUUCUCAUCCCCAAUGGCAGAUACUGGGUGUGAAGGGUGUGACCAGUCUAAAUAUCUGUGGGAGACGUGAACAGGAGACAAAACAUCAAGUUAGGAGAACAAGGUCCACCUUGUCUUUAUCUAGCGUGCCAUACUUUCUGACAGGACAGUUGGGGUUGAGGGAUCAUCCCUGGCUCUGUGAAGCACACCCAUUCUGCCAUAACUUAGCAAACGCUGCGGAAUAUUAACAAGGAACCUUUCGAAGUUUCUGAGAUGUCCGACAUAGUGAAUUUUUCUGAAGAUUAUUAUCAUCAUCAUCACCGUCGUCGUCGUUAUUAUUAUUACAACUGAUGUGAUGGACUGCAUGUAUAUUUAUGUUCUGAACGUGUUAGUGCGCUCGAUCAGUUUCACGUGUGUCUCUCUAAAAGCUGAUAUGUGUGUGUGGUGUGUAUGUGUGUGUGUGUGCAUUCGCUAGUUCCACACUUUUUUUAAAAGCAGCCGCCGCUGAGUUUUAUCAAAACUAUCUGCUUGGCAUCUAAAGACUGCGAAGUCUCUGUUCCCCUACCCACCUUCAUCCCAUCUGUAUAGUGUGAAGUGAUUUAGCAUUAACACACAUUCGGGUGUGCGUGUGACUGUAGUCACUAUCCGACCUUUUGUCACGCCCUGUUGACGCCAGAGGGAGUCAGAAUAGCGGACAUCACUUUCUUUUCCCGAGUCGCUUGAGCUCCUCUCGACAUGCCACUGCAAUGUCAGGCAUUCUCCAGUACCCGUGUUCGUGCCUGUACAUACAAACAAAUAAACAAACAAAAGUAACCACGUCAUUUAGAAAACGUGAUUGUGUCAUUUGUACCACUGCGGUGGAUGCUCUAUUCUGGCGUUAGGGAAGGACUGGGGUAGGUUCGCGCUUGCCUCCGAGGUUUCAAGACUUUUCGGAGUAAGCAAACCGAGUGAUGUGAAAGCUUUCGUAAAAGUUUGACAAGAGUGCAAUUUUGUUUGAAUUCUAGUUCAUUCUUUAUGCUAUUUCUCUAGCUCUGUCUGAACAGCCACCUCUUCUCCUAACAUUCUUGGAAUACAAGCCUAGGAAAAAAUGAAUAGACAAAAUCAAACAUAUUCCUUUCAGAAAUGUGAGUGAAUGCGAUUGUGCUGCUAACGCUACAGACGCCCAAAGGACAGCAUUGGCCAUAUGUUCUUUAGGCAUAUCCACGGACAUUCCAGGCUUCACAGACUUGGCCUCUUUCUGUACAUGAUGUUUGCAGUUUUGAACUGAAAACCCGGUGAUUUAAAUAAAAUAUUUGUCCUGUCGCAGACCUUUAACUUGCGAUACCCGGUGAUGACAGUUGGCUGCCGAAGGGUAGCGUCUUGAAACGACCUGCGACUUGAGGUCAAACGAUGAACUGUUGUUUAUUGUCUAGCAUGUAUUGCUUUCAUCGCCAGUAGUAGAUGAGGGAGUAGGCUUUCCCGGUUAGCUUUGAUGUGAGAAGAGCGCAGAACAAUUUUUUAAAAAGAGAAAAAAAGGUAGAAAGCCCUUAGAUUCAAAGAAAACAUUUUGCGAGAAGAAAAUGCAAGAUGUUGUUGAGUCUUGUUGUUGUUGUUCUGCUGCUUGGUAUGCCGUUUCUGCGUGAUGUUCAAGAGGAUGACAAUGAUCAAGGUUCGCUCCUCGAGCCCUUGCCUCUUAGCCAUUCCAACCAGGUGACCACGUCAGGGACGUGAUGAUGCAGAGUGUAAAUACUUGCACAUUUCUUUCGUCUCCUUCAUUUACUUCAAUACUGCAAUCUCGUAAUUUAUUAAUCAUGCUCAGCCUUCGAAUUGGUUAUUUUUCCCAGCGCUUAAAUCUUCGAGAUGCCUCGUGCAAGACGCAAUUUUGUUUCGACAAUGUUUUCACGGUUUAGACUCGUUUUUUCGUCGAGAUCACUCAAAGGUAUUCGAUUUUAUUACAUGCAUAAUCAGGGAGCGCAACCUGCUUCACAAUACUACACAAAAUGUUGUCGCUUCCCCCCCGACUGCAUAUUUCGAAACGUAUGUAUAUAUAUUAUUUACAUACUACAGACGGCACUUUGGUGAAUCUUGAAUCAGCAGUUUGUUCAGAAUCCAUGAUAAUUUUCUCCCUUUCUGACUAAUUCCGUUCCCAGGAAUUCCGUUCUGGUUCAUCUGUGUUUUCCUGUUUGAAGAUUGCAUUUAUUUUACGAUCUUUACAAUGAAGUGCCAUUCCCACGAAUGUGACUUGUAUACGAUGUUUGCGCGACAAUGAUGACGUUGGCGACAAGCCGUUGUGACCGGUGAAGGUAAUUAAACCUGACGUGACAUCAAUGACUUUGUGAUGCUCUUUCACUUUAAUGUGGUUUCAGAAACAACCCUUUUCUUGUGCCAAGAAAGUUGUGUGUAAUCAAAGUGCGUACAGAACUUGAAUUUUUUAUCCCUCUAGGUCCAGUUCACUUUUAUUUAUGAACUUUUUAUUUAGUUCUUUACAAUGUGCCUUGAAUUAUGCUGCUUCACACAGUUGUGCUCCUUGUUCGAUGAUGUACAUGUCAUCUUGUGUAAUCGAACUGGAGGAGAUUAAACAAGAGGGGAAGCACA